AUGGCGCAGAUUACGAGACGCAAGGAGCCUGAGAAGUCUCCAGGAAUACAUUGGCUAUGUCUCGCUCUACUCUGCACACUACCUUUAUGUCUUGCAACGACAGAAGAUGAUGCCUGUCACGUCUGCGAGUGUGACAGUUUUAAGAAAAUUGUAAACUGCAAUGGAAAAGGUCUGAAAUCGAUGCCAAACGGAAUACCACAUGACACAACCUUGCUGUAUUUGGCGAACAAUCAGAUAUCUGCCAUCGAGUCAGGAGCUUUUAGCGGCCUUACCAGCUUAAUCCGCCUGGAUCUGUCAAUGAAUGGGCUGACGGAGUUGACUCCAGACAUGAUGAAAGGUGUCGGUGGAUCUGUCAUUGGAAAAAUCUACAACAACGAGUUGUUGGAGAUUCCCUCAAGGCUCUUCUAUCGUCCAGGCCGAGAACAUCACGUACUGACUCUGGACUUCAGUGGAAACAAAAUUCAACAUGUGGCUGCCGAUGCAUUACUCGGAGUGAAAGGCGUACAAGAGGUAUUUCUAAGUUCCAACAACAUUGCAUCUCUGCCCGAAGACCUGUUUGCCAACGUUACUGUGUUCGGCACCCUAGAUCUGUCUUCAAACGAUUUGUCAAGCAUCCCGGAUGGACUUUUGCGUUUUCAGCGGAAACUUCGAACUCUGUAUCUCCACCAAAACUUCUUUAGAGUGCUCAGAAGGGAGAUGUUUGUUGGACUUCAGAACUUAAGGACUUUAAUGAUUGCUGACAACCCAAUAACCGAAAUUGAUGAGCGAGUGUUUUCUGAUACGCAGCUAGUAAACCUUUACUUGUUCAACGCGGAGUUGCGUUCAAUUGGAGCCAGGCCGUUUAUGACGAGAGCCAAUUCGCUUCUGCUUGUAUCUCUUUACGGUAACGACGUCGAAGUUAUUGCUGAUUCGGUUUGGCAAGAUUUAGGACCUCGCUGCAACGUAUCCAUUGGCAGCACACUCAGGAGAGUUCCUUUCACCAGGUCCGACCUCAAUAUAAAUUUGGUCGGGACUGAUUUUGUUCAAACACUAUCCGUGACGAAGGAGGAACGCAAUCUAUUGAUUCGAGCCGGAUUCAGCUGUGAAAAAACAGGCUAUAGAACAUAUCAGUGCACUACGUGUCAUCAGGGAACCUAUGGAGGAGCCCCCGAGGAUUGUACACCCUGUCCAUCAGGAGGUUUUUUUCAAAACCGAACAGGACAAGUUGUGAAGAGAGGAGCAGACCUCAAUUGUUUUUUCUGCAAUAAUGGCACAUACGUUCCACCAGAAGCUCACCCUGGUAAAACCAUCGGAGAUUGCGUGGUGUGUCCAUCAGGCACGGAUACAAGCCGCCACGCAGGAUUCCGCGCGUGUCCCUGUGUGUCGAAUUACUACCGUAAAGAUCGGUUUGGUGAAUGCUUCGCCUGUCCGUUGCAAGGAACUGACUGUUCGGAAGAAUAUCAACAUCUUCUGCCAGGAUUCUGGUGGACUUGGGACUGGGGCUCAGUCGACAACUAUCAAUCUUACGAGAAAUAUGUACAAAAUAUCCUCAUACAUAACGAGAGCUACGACGAAAGCACGGUAAGGUUUAAAGGUGCCUUGCCAAAAGUUCAUCCAUGUCCAAGAAAAGAAUCGUGUCAGAAUGGGGGUGACGGAAUAAAUGCUACAUGUGAAUUUGGUUAUGAGGAUUUCUUGUGCUCUCAGUGCAUUGCCAACUACUAUUCUUGGUUUAACAGAUGCUUUGAAUGUCCCAGAUGGUAUGUGUUUCUUUUAGAGAUUGUGGCUGCUCUGGUAGUUAUUGUUGUUUUAAUCAUCAUCGUAAUGUGGGACCUUCGAAGACAUCGGCGUAGAGGGCGUUCUGCCAUCAACGCGUUGUUCUCCAGAUUCAAGAUCGUACUUGGUUUCUAUCAGAUCAUGGGCGAAAUAUUCGAAGCACUGGAUGGGAUUCAUUGGCCACAGGCACUUACUAACAUUGGUUCAUUUUUCCGAUUGUUAGAGGUGAAUAUUGCGCAAUUGAUCGUUAGCCCUCGAUGCUACUUCCCAAAUUUCACAUACCCAACUAUUUACAUAGAGUUUAUAACUGGUAUGAGCUUCGUUGUCUUUGUAGUGUUGUUGGCACUGAUUGUGUACGGUUGCAGGAAAAGUUACCUGAAAAUGACCAAAUUGUCCAAGGAGGUUUGCAACAAUAUUUUGGCUCAAACUAAACAAACCUGUUACCUGGUUGUGGUUAUUCUUCUGUUUGUCACAUAUCCAAGCGUAUCGAGUGCCAUUUUUACCUUGCUGCCUCCUGGAUGUGACGAGUUCUACCUGGAUGACACCGAUCACUUCAAAGUCCUGCGACUCCGAUCGGACUACUCCAUCGACUGCGAAUCAAAUCAGCAUGUCAGCUACAACUACGCCGCCGAAGUGUCCCUGUGUUAUGUUGUUGGCCUUCCCUUGGCACUGUUCCUCAUGUUGUGGGCGAGUUGUCGAAGCAACAAGGGAUCUGAUCAAUGUUCCUCUGCACCUGAGACGGAUCAGUCUGGUUACCAAAACGAAUCUGAUCUUGAUCCUAAGUCAGAUACCGAACUUUUGUGUCACGCCAAUUCUGAAGAGAUAAAUACUUCUGAAGGUACCGGUGUGCAAUCUGAAGAUGUUGAACAUGAUGACGUGACAAGUUCCUCUCUCCCCGAGUCGGACCGAGAAAAGACUGACGACAAUAAGAUCACCUGGGUUAGUUUCUUGUGUGAGAACUACAAGGAGCAGUUCUGGUAUUGGGAGAUUGUGGAACUUGCUCGCAAAGUCCUCCAAGUUGUCUUCGUUCUGAUGUUCAAUGCUGAUGAUCAUUUCACGCUCUUUGCUACCAUUGUCUUAUCCGUGGCCUUUCUUAUCGCCCAUGCUUACUUGAAACCAAUGAAGGAUGCGGCAGAGCACCGUCUUCAGAUGUGUUCCCUGACUACCAUCUUCCUGAAUCUGUCGGCAGCAUCUUUGCUUCUGUUACCAAAUGAAGAGAACCAGUCCAGCGAUGCAAGAAAGGAAUUUCUGGUCGUCUUCCUGAUUGUUAUCAACCUGAACAUAGUUGCCUUUGUGGCAGGAAGCGCCGUUUGGACCUUAGUGAAGGCUGUAUGGAAGACAUCCUGCUGCAGUCGUGCUUUUGCAUGCAUCGUUGUCAUUGGCCGUCUGAUACCGCACCCAAACCGGUCGCGAUCCCGUAGACCAAUCAACGCAUCGCAUACUGAAGGAGAAACGACUCUAAUUAGUGGCAGACCUGUUUCUGAUACUAUUUAUGGGUCUGUGUAAAAUCAUCAUUCUACAGGUGUAUCAUAGGACAAAUCUCAUAUGUCUGAAAAAAAUAAUUCCCUGAACAAUACGUAUAUAUUUUUUUACUCUCGAGGAAUAUUUUGUAUGCAUCUUUCUCUUAACAAGUGGUAUUGUUCACGUGAUGUCUACUCAUUUUUUCGUAAUAAGUAGAAUUUCCUUACACUCAUCUUGAAUAUAAGAAAAAUCGAUUGCAAAUUAAAUUGCAGUAUUCAGUUGAAGGGCAAGGAUUUAAUGUCCCAGCUAUUAUAGGGCUAACCCCGAAAAAAAUAUGCAAUUAAACUCAACAAUACAAAAAUUAUUUACAUUUGAAUGAGACUUUGAGAACAAAAUUCAACCCGUGUUUGGGAAUAAUUACCCAAAAAUAUUGCGAAGCAUUUGCGACACAACGAUAAAUAUGUUCUAGAACUUUUGACUGGUUCUAGACCCCAUUUAGAGUCAAUAACGCAGGGGCCGGGAACCAGUCGGAUGGCAGGAUGAUCUGUUUGUGCGCGUUAGUCUGUAGGGCUAGACGUUGUUAUGAUGAAUACGCGACAACCCGC